CGGACCCCUCACACUGUAUGAAGUCUCUUGUUAUUGUUAUCGGAGGAACUGGGUUGGGUAUUACAUUUAUUAAGCAGUCAUAAAAAAAUUGACUAACUGUAAAAAAAAAAAUUAAUACUGGUUGCGUCAGUUAUGCGUCACGCUUCAGGGUUUUGCGCGAGCUGACAGCAAGAAAAUGCCUGAAGAUGCAUAUUCAAGUGUGAAGUGGUGUCUCUUACAAAGAAAGAGGAAGACAAGAAAACAAGAAGCGAGAAAGUCGGUGUGUCCAACAUCUCAGGCUGAACAUCACAGGAGACGCGCAGCGAGCCGACGCAUAAGCACCUUGGAGAGAGAAUGAGGCGCACGGGAGCGCACAGCUUUUUCCCACUGUAAUCCAAAAGGACGCUGAACUGUACCCUCUGCUGCCUCCAAGAUGAAUCUCUGCAAUGGGACGUUGGUGGGUGAGGAUGUCUACUUGCCCACAAGCCCCACCUACGGCUGCUCCACUGUCACCAAUUCAUCACACAUGCCAGAUGAAGCAGAGCCCUUCAUCGGUAGUGGCACGAUCACCACCGCUGUCAUCUACAUCACCGUCUUCAUCAUAGGUCUUCUGGGGAACACGCUGGUCAUCUACGUGGUGGUUCGCUACGCCAAGAUGAAGACAGUUACCAACAUGUACAUCCUCAACUUGGCCUUGGCUGACGAGCUCUAUAUCCUUGGUAUUCCCUUCCUGGGCACCCAGGGUGUGCUUUCCUACUGGCCAUAUGGGGAGUUCCUCUGCAAGGUGUGCAUGACUGCGGACGCCAUGAGCCAGUUCAGCUCCAUCUUCUGCCUGACAGUGAUGAGCAUUGACCGCUACCUGGCCGUGGUGCAUCCUAUUCGCAGUGCCAAGUGGCGAAGGCCACAGGUGGCCAAGGUGUUUAAUGUCAUGGUGUGGGUAGUGUCCUUCCUGGUGGUCCUGCCAGUCAUGAUCUACUCAGACGUACAGGACUGGUUCAAUUCGUGCAACAUUAGCUGGCCUGAGCCCCAGGACCUGUGGUCCACUGCCUUCAUCCUCUACACGUCCAUCCUGGGCUUCUUUGGUCCACUGCUUAUCAUCUGCCUCUGCUACCUACUCAUUGUGAUCAAGGUGAGGUCAGCAGGUGUGCGGGUGGGCCUGACAAAACGGCGUAAGUCGGAACGCAAAGUGACCCGCAUGGUGGUGGUCAUUGUGGUGGUGUUUGUACUUUGCUGGCUGCCCUUCUUCCUCACCAACAUGGUCAACCUGGUUUAUAUCAUCCCCGAGAACAAUGCAGCACUCUACUUCUUCUUGGUCAUUCUCACCUACGUCAACUCUUGCGCCAACCCCCUCCUCUACGGCUUCCUCUCUGACAACUUCAAGCAGAGCUUCCGGAAGGUGCUCUGUUUCCACAAGGCCAAUGGCGUUGGUGCAGCAGACGUGGCGGGAGGGAGACAAGCAGGGGAACACAUGCAGAAUGGAAACACACAGAAUAACCAGACAGAGAAUUGUGGGAUCAUCAAGAAAGACAUUUUGCCUUCAGACUCAACAGUGACUGACCUGUUAUGAGUUUUCCAAGCCAGCCUGCCACCUGCUACUGAGGUAACACCAACAACUUGGUUGGUUUCACCCCUGCCUUCUUUCCAGCAUUUAUUCCCUAUUAAUCUGACGUGACUGGAACAUUUCUAGAGAGAACCAAGGGUCUGGAAGCAAAGUAGGACACCUAAAUAAGUACAGCAUUCAUCUCAGAGUUCAAUAUUGUCAUUUUGCUCUGUAUUUCUUUUUACCAAUAUCUGAUUCAUUUAUUAUAAUCCUGUAUGACUUUCGGUGCAAUACAUAAUGUAGUCAUCAUUGAGAUUUUAAAUAUACAGUCUGUGUUGAUGUAACUACACUUGCCAUUGUGCUGUUGGGAGGCUGGAAAAAAAAGGUGUUUGAUGGGCAUUUUAAUUCCAGUGUCACAAACUCGGAUGCCUUGAGAAAUGCCUUCUUCACAGGAUUCAGCUCGUUGCUCAAACACCAAAUCUGUCACAAAGUGUAUAUGGAUACCAAGAACACAACAUACCUUUGUAACAUCUGUCUCACCUUUCACUUGCUUGACCUUGUUGCCUGACCUUUGACAUGUGAUACCAACAUGACAGGGGAGGAUCUAGAUAAUGUAACUUGACCCAAACACUCAACAUCUCGACGAUGUCUGCGGAGACUUUCAGCACCUGAAAAACACCGAGCUGAAGACGGACCUGUGAAAACAUGGAUACCUUACGAGAAGCGAGGGAUUUAUUUGUGAUAUGGAUACUGUGAAUGUUAAAAUCAUUUUAUUGAUUAGCCAGCCAGAAUUGAACUAAUCACAGGAUAACAUUGUAAGUCGGUUUUUGGAGCCUUUAAGAAUUUUGAUAAAUGAUCAAGUCUGUUCUGCAUGCUCACAUUGUGUUAACAAAUGGAAGAAGGGCUCUGGAAAUGUGCCUGCAUGAAACAAUUUAUGUGUAUGGUGGCAACAUAUGUUUCAAUUUCUAGAUCUCACCAUUGAAUAGAUAAUUGAUGUUUAUUAUCACUGUCACUGAUAAAUAUUAUGAUAAAUUUAUGGUACAGUUAUAGGACAGGUUCGGGAUUUUUCAACCCAGCUUGUUUUGAAAUGUUGAUACCCAGCAUUUAUAACUGUGCAUAGCAAAAUCUCACAGCUAACUGUAGCCUCUUGGUAGCCUUCAGCACAGGGCACUCGUUUUCACUUUGAAAAAUCUUUGUAUUUCCUUUUUGAAGACGGAAAACUCACAGCACAGUUAAAUACAACUUGCAAUUUUGCAGCCAAAAAAAAUGUUUGCAAUCUGUGCUUUCUACCACGUUUUAUUUAGCAUGUACAAUAAUACAGUGCCUUGUAUACAGUCAUACAGUUUUACUGUUAGUCAGCUAAUGCUGCAUUCGCUUGUACUUGGACCCCGGGCCCAUCUCAGGACAAGGGAGUAAUAACAAAGAGUUGACACCUUGAACGGCAUGUUAUCAAAAUGUACAAGACAGAAAUUGUGAAAUCCGAGUUCCAGUAAGCACAACAUUAUAGCCAACUCAGCAGCAGAGCGAUGUGGACGUAUAUAAGGCAGUGAGUUACCACGGGGUAAAAGCUAAAUUUGUCAGUGGCCAGGGUUUGCAGCCAUGUUUCUGGUGCUGUGGACCAGAUGUCAGCGUGUUUGACUGUGCUGUGUGUUUCCUGUUUUACACAAGGCGAGCAAGACAUUGCAGCAGAGUGGUAUGUUUUUCUCAUCACCGCUGAAAAACACCAAGCCUGUCCUUUAAUGCCACUCACAACAGAACAAUUUAGCUUCGAGGCUUUGUAGGAGGUUAUGGAAGUUUUAUUGUCCAAACAGGAGGAACAAAGGGGCAAAACGCUUUGUCCCAGGAAUCCAGGACAGUAAAACCUUGAUGACUUGGUCGUAUCAUGUGGUUAGACUCGGGGACAAAGCUCUGCCACAGAAAUCAGUCAGGCAUUUGUAUAAAUAAAUCUGUCCACAUCUGAAAAUCUAACUAAUGCAAAACUAAGACAAAGUACUUGUUUUGUUUGUUUGUUUGUUUGUUUGUUUGUUUGUUUUAUAUUAGCGAUCAGUCGGUUAAUGUAUGUGAUUGUUUGCGUGUUUCUUGCUCUGGUUAUUGACUAUAACCCUGCUAUUACUUUCAUAUAUGCAACCAUAUCAAUUGCUGUAUGGAUUUCAGAUAGUUUAAUUAGUUGAGCAAAAUACUUCAGUGAAAAAUCUUAAAUCAAGAAAUGCAUAUUUUCUUUUAGCAGUGUUCAAAUACACACAGUACACUGUUUUGGGUCAUUUAGCUACAGAAGACAUAACUCUGAGUGUGCAAAACAUUUGGACCAUCUGCUGAAAGCUAUAAAUCCCAUUUUGAUUUCACCUAUGAAAUGACUUCAUUCGGGAAGGAGUAAAGUGGAUGAAAAAGAGAAAAAAAAAACAUUAAAGAAAAAAAUAGGGCAAUCCAGUGUGGUUUAAGUGGCCCUAAUAUUUGUGCAUUUAGUGUAUUUCAAAUUCAUGUUUCUGAGUUUUUAUGAUUUAAGAAAUGGAGCGCAGGCGCAUUUUACACAAUCCAAGUGUUUUUGAAACUCAACAAAGAUUCAUUAGUUGAGAAGAAGCUUUGAUAUGGGGCACACAGGGUUAAAAUAUAUACCGUAGGCUACACAGGUGUGUAGGAAUAGAUAAGAACACUCUAUUCAUACUUGUGGUAUUUGGGUGAAAUUACUGUCACACCAUGAUCUUACAUUUUCUCUUUAGUUAAGUGGAGAGUAAAACAGUAUUUAGGUCACAAUGUCAUCUGUGCUUUUGAAAUAUGCCGGUGAUCUUACCACUUGUGAAACGUCAGCAGCAUUUCAUAUUUAGUGUUGCAGCUUAAUAAACAUGAAACUGAAUUGA